GAGCCCGGCGACCUCCGCUCGGCGUGGGGCUGGCAGGAGCAGCCCCCGCUGUGCAUCUGUGUUUGCCCAGGGGAAGGUCCUGGAAUCUCUCUGCUGCGACUGAACCCAGACAGAGAUUCAUCUCCCUUUUCCCCAAGCCCUUCAAAUCUGGCAGUAUGUAGCAGAGUCUGGCUGUUCUUUUGCUGAUGCUCUCGGUUCUGGCUAUGAAAUACAGAGUAGCUUUUUGAUGACCUGUGACUGUACCAGGUGGUCAGGAAGAAAAAUAACUGCUGAGAAGACCUUGGCCCAGGGACAGGAAGACAUUUUCUACAAUGUGAAUUUCUACGGAAAAAUUUCUGAUUUACAAAAGGUUUUUCUCCCGUAAUCAUGGCAAAACCUUAUGAAUUUAACUGGCAGAAGCCAGUUCCCUCUUUUAUGCAAGAUGGAGCUGUGUUUGAUAGAUACGAAGAGGAAUCUUUCGUCUUUGAAAGCAACUGUCUCUUCCAAGUGGAUGAAUUUGGUUUUUUUCUGAGCUGGAAAAGUGAAGGAAAGGAGGGACAGGUAUUAGAAUGCUCCCUGAUCAACAGUGUUCGUUUUGGAGCUGUACCAAAGGAUCCCAAAAUACUGACUGCACUCGAGGCUGUUGGAAAAUCAGAAAAUGAGCUGGAAGGACGGAUAGUGUGUGUUUGCAGUGGCACAGAUCUGGUGAACAUCAGCUUCACUUUCAUGGUAGCGGAAAACACAGAAAUAGCCAAGCAAUGGGUAGAAGGGCUUGGAUCCAUCAUACAUAACUUUAGAGCUAACAAUGUCAGUCCAAUGACGUGUCUCAAGAAACACUGGAUGAAGCUGGCCUUUCUAACAAACACAAAUGGGAAAAUUCCAGUCCGGAGCAUAACCAGAACCUUUGCAUCAGGUAAAACAGAAAAAGUGAUCUUUCAGGCACUUAAGGAAUUAGGUCUUCCCAGCGGAAAGAAUGAUGAAAUUGAGCCGGCAGCUUUUACUUACGAGAAAUUUUAUGAGCUCACCCAAAAGAUAUGUCCCCGAACUGACAUAGAGGACCUCUUUAAGAAGAUCAAUGGAGACAAAACUGAUUAUUUAACGGUAGACCAAUUAGUGAGCUUUCUAAAUGAACAUCAACGAGAUCCUCGGCUCAAUGAAAUUUUAUUUCCCUUUUAUGACACAAAAAGAGCAAUGCAGAUAAUUGAGACGUAUGAACCAGACGAAGACUUGAAGAGGAAAGGUGUGAUAUCCAGUGAUGGGUUUUUGCAGAUACUUGAUGUCAGAUGAAAUGCCCCAGUUUUUCUUAGACCGUUUUGGAAUUAUAUCAAGAGAUGGACCAUCCCCUGGCUCAUUAUUUCAUCAGUUCCUCUCACAAUACCUAUUUAACGGGCAGGCAGUUUGGUGGCAAGUCUUCCGUGGAGAUGUACAGACAAGUGCUUUUGGCUGGAUGCAGGUGUGUUGAGCUGGACUGUUGGGAUGGCAAAGGUGAAGACCAAGAACCAAUAAUAACCCAUGGAAAAGCAAUGUGCACAGACAUUCUUUUCAAGGAUGUAAUUCAAGCCAUUAAGGAAACAGCAUUUGUUACAUCAGAGUACCCUGUCAUUCUUUCAUUUGAAAAUCACUGCAGCAAAUAUCAACAGUACAAGAUGUCAAAAUACUGUGAAGAUCUUUUUGGAGAUCUCCUGUUAAAGCAGCCUCUAGAAACACAUCCA